AUGGCACACAGGAUUUUGGCUACUUCCUCAGUAGACAAGGGGCUGGGCAGGCUGAGGAAGUGCACUGUUUUGCAGGAGGAGAUCCAGUGCCAGGAGAUACCUCUGCGAGGAAAGAUUAAAGGCUCCAAAAAUGUCCAGGAUGGUGGCAUUGCUAUUGACAGGAAUUCAGAUUGGAUCCUGGCUUGCCUGCAGAAGAAGCACCGCCGAGCCUUCACCACUACCGAGGACAUGAAUGGAGUCUGUACUCUGCUCACCACCGACUUGCGCUGCACAGCUUUCCUCAACCUCACCAAGAUUGUUGAGACCAAAUUAAACAGCAUUCAAAAUAAAAAUGGCAAAGAUAAGAUUACUGACACCAGCAGCUCAGCCAGCACAGACAACACCAGGACUGCUUGUGGUGAGCUCUUUGGCAGCACAGGGAACAACCACAUGUGCAAAGAGCUGGGAACAGAGAUUGCUGUCAUUCUGGGUGGAUCAGAGAACACCAAGCCAGAUGAUUUCCAAAAUGCCAAGAUGUCUAUCCUCAAUAUGAUGAAGUCAAUGUGGCAGAAAUGCUCAAAGAUCAGGUUUGCUGUGGUGCAGUAUGGAGCACAGAUCCAAACUGAACUGAGCCUGCAAGAAAGCUGCAACAGACUAACUGCUUUCUUCAAAGUCCGAAACAUCAAGCAGCAGAGCUCACGGACUGACAUCACAGCCACACUGCAGCAUGUGUUAGAUAAAGUCUUCAACAGCCAUGACUCCAGCUGGACUGAUGACAAGAUAAUCAUUGUCAUGGCAUCUGGGCAGGUGUUUCUGGAAAACCAUAGAUUGAGAAAUGUAAUGAACUCCCUGGAAAUGGCUAUGGUCAAACUCUAUGCUCCUGGGAUUGGAGAGUUCAUAAACAACCAGUGGGUCCCAGAAGAGCUGCAGAAAGUUAGAAGUGACUGGUUCGUGCUGUCCACAUAUGAAGAUUUUGACAGUUUCCUUUCGGAUUUGGAGAGAGAGACUCUGAGUGAUUCAGCUGAAAAUAUUCCAACUGAAGCACCGGAUCACAGAAACACUAAUGACAGUGGUGACAGCAAGCUCCCUUCCUGGAUAGAGGAGGACAAAGAGGAGGAGGAAAAUGGCUUGCAGAUUGCUUUUAUUCUGGAUGGAUCAGGGAGCAUUGAGCCAGAGGAUUUUGAAAGAGCAAAAGCAUUCAUCCACAAGAUGAUGAAAACACUGUAUGAGAAGUGCUUUGAGUGUGACUUUGCAGUGGUACAGUAUGGGUUUGAAAUCAGAACUGAGUUUGACCUGCGAGAAAACUGGGAUCCUCGUGCCACACUCCAGAAAGUACUUGAUAUUGUGCAGGUGUGCAAUGUGACAAAAACAGCAUCUGCCAUGCAGCAUGUCCUGGAUUCUAUCUUCACUGAGAGUCAUGGGUCCCGCAAGGAUGCAGCCAAGGUCAUGAUCGUGCUUACAGAUGGGGAAAUACUCCUGGAUGAAAUGAACUUGACAACAGUGAUAAAUUCACCCAAAAUGGCAGGAAUCAAGCGCUAUGCCAUUGGGGUGGGAGAUGCCUUCAAAAAACCAAAGGCCCUAAAUGAAUUGCAGCUAAUUGCAUCUGGUCCAGAUGACACUAAUGUAUUUCAGGUGACCAAUUAUUCAGCAUUAGAUGGGCUGCUUUCAACCUUACAGCAGAAUAUUAUUGGUAUAGAAGGUACACAGGGUGAUGCUCUGGAAUAUGAGCUUGCACAAGCUGGUUUCAAUGUGCAGAUCUUGGAUAAGCAAGUCUUAGUGUUUGGUACAGUGGGGGCCUUUGACUGGUCUGGUGGAAUUCUGCUGUAUGAUCUGGCAACCAAGAUUGCUAUUUUCCUGAAUGAAUCUAAAGAAGAAGCCAAAAAAGCAAAAUACAGUUACCUAGGGUACAGUGUGGCAGUGGUACACACAGAAUAUGGACCCUUGUACGUGGCUGGAGCUCCACGACACAGCAUGAGAGGGAAGGUGUUGGUGUUUCAGGACAACCACUUAAAACAAACCCUGCAAGGAGAACAGGUUGGAUCUUAUUUUGGAUCUGAGCUCUGCCCACUUGAUGUGAACCAUGAUGGGGUGACAGAUCUUCUCCUUGUUGGAGCUCCAUUUUAUCACAUUCGAGGGGAAGAAGGAAGGGUUUACGUCUAUCGCCUGGAGACAGAGAGUGGUUCAUUCACCUUGAAAGGACACUUAAAUGUGCAGGGGACCUCUCCUUUUGCAAGGUUUGGGUUUACUGUGGCCAGCAUUGGAGACAUCAAUGGGGAUGGAUAUGAGGAUAUUGCAGUUGGAGCCCCUCUUGAAGAUCAGCUUUCAAACAGUUCCGCUUUUGGCAGCAUUUACAUCUUUAAUGGUGAUAAAGACAAGAUCAAGAGCUCUUUUUCUCAAAGAGUAAAAGCCUCUGAAAUUUCUUCAGGACUCCAGUAUUUUGGACAAUCCAUUGAUGGUGGCUUUGAUUUCACUAAUGAUGGUCUCCCAGAUAUUACAGUAGGAUCACUGGAGAACGUGAUUGUGCUCCGCUCAAGACCAGUUGUCCAGUUUCUCACCAGCAUGAGAUUCAACCCUGAGAGAAUCCUAAUUUUACAAAAUAACAGCACCGUUACAGCAAAACUAUGUUUCGAUACAAUCUCAGCUUUACCGGUGUCUCAAGAAGUGUUUUCACAGUUAUACAUUCUCUACACGGUGGACUUAGAUGUGAAAAUGGCAAAGAGGAGAGUACAGUUUGAAGAUCAGAACACCACAAGAAGUGGAAAGCUGUUGGUCAGCAAGCACGUGUGCUCUGAGCUGCAGCUUUACACACUGCCAUGUGACUUUGACUGCUUUUCCAGUGUUUUUCUGAGAGUUAAACACGAGCUCUAUAAGAAAAAUGAUAACAUAGAGUUUGCUGUUCCUGUGCUGGAUAGAUACCAGCCAUCAGAAAUGCAUUUUCAGUUGCCUUACAAGAAGGACUGCAACAACAAGACCAUCUGUACUGCUCAUUUAACUUUGACAACUCAGAUUCAAAAGGAAUUAGUGGUGGGCCACACUAAAGAAGUGACCAUGAAUGUUUCAUUAACGAACAGUGGAGAUGACUCGUACAUGACAGCUAUGGUCUUGAACUAUCCCAAAAACCUACAUUUUAAGAAGGUGACUGUUGAGGCAAAAUUUUCAGUGAUUUGGCAAUUAGAUGAAAGCCUGUUCCAAAAUAAAUCUGCAAUCACCAUUAAUAUCACCAAGUGA